AUGUUGCACGCCUUCACCACUCUCCUCCUGGCCACUUUGGUCUCAGGGUCAUGCAAUGCAGAUAAUUGUCUUCGCGCCAUGAGAGCAACUCAGACACCAGGUCGUCUCGAGGCUGCUCAAUCGUUCUGUGCUACUUUCACCCAGAGCUCCGUGGCUGCUACGGCUAUUCCGACGUAUGCCGCUGAGGCUUGCACGCUAGAUCAAAAUGGGAACCAAACAUUGAGGAUUUCGAGCGCCUGUAGCUGCAUUGCGGCAUCUACAACAUCAGUCACUAGUACGUCUAGUGCUUCGAGUACUUCUAGUGUAAUUGGAGGCGCGUGUGCAACUGUGAGUAGUCUAGCCGCUGCCCAAAGAGCUGUUUCUCCAGCUGCAACCCCAACUGUCGCAGCAUCAUUGGCAUAUGACUGCCUAAAUUCAGUUCCGUUACAUAAAGACGCAGCUCUUGCUUUGGUGGACUCUAUGGAACCGUAUCUGGAAUGGCAGUCAGACUCUGCAUACAAAAAAGAUCCCCCGCCAAAUUACUUUUACCCCCCUAUUGAUAUUUUCGGGUACCUUGCUUCAGUAAAGGCAAAUCUGGAAAAUGAUGUCUAUCCCAACGAAUAUGAGUUUCAGGCCGAUUUAUACAACGUAUUUGCAAAGGCUCAUGACGGACAUUUUGUUUUCUACCCUGAUGCCCUUACCGAAGCUAUUGAAUGGGGCAGACAACGAUCUCUAAUUUCAAUCAGCGUGGAUACAUUUUCGAUUCCUCAGAUUUAUCUCUAUGAGGACGCGACUUCUUGUCCAGACACUGCUUCUGUUGUUGUUCAAAUCAACGGCAUCGAUGCUGCCACUUAUGUAGCCGAUUUUGCUUACACCGCUUCGUUCAAUCAAGACGCUGAUGCCGCUUAUAAUACCAUGUUCUUCGAAAAAGCCUUUGUUGCAGGUGCUAUUUCUAAGGGCUACUUUUCGGGUGGAGGCCGAAUGAGGUACAUCUAUCCUGGUCCAAAUACCACAUUUACCUUUGAGAAUGGAACUGUUCUCACUCUAGAGAACGUCGGAAAGGUGAAAGGAGAUUUCACUGGGGUUACUGAUGGUCCAAGUUUCUACACCAAGUUCUGUUCGGGUUCAAACAGCGAAGAUGGAGCAGCCGAUGCCCUCAGUGCUACCGAUGCUGCUGAUGUGGUUGACCCUGGAUACCCAACUCCCAUUGAUAUCACAGGUGAUGGAAUUGUCUCUGGAUAUUACCUGGAUGGAAUAGGAUUCGAAGAUGUCGCUGUGAUCAGUCUUUUAGCUUUCGAGUCAGAGUCACCGCUUGAGUUUCAACAGACUGCACAGAAGUUCUUCGCCGAUGCCAUCAAGGCUGGAAAGACCAAGCUUGUGAUCGACCUGAGUGCGAAUGGUGGAGGCUAUAUUCUUCAAGGAUACGACCUUUUCCGGCAAUUGUUCCCACAGAUUACUCAAGAUGGGUUCUCGCGGCUUCGGGAAAGUGAUAGCUUACUUGCAAUUUCCAAAAUCUACUCUGAUUCUAUUCCGUCCGACUACGAUCCAAACACUGCAUCUGCCGAAACCAUUUCCCUUUACGAAAGCUUUUUUAACUACCGAUAUGAUCUCAACUUGCUUGAUCAGCCAUUCCAGUCUUUCAAUGAAAAGUUCGCUGCGCAUGUGUUCAAGUCAGACAUCUUUACCGAUAUUCUAAGAUGGAACCUAGAUGAUCCUCUUACUACAAGCAACGAAACCUUUGGAUUAGGCAUGGAUAUCACUGGUUAUGGAAGCCGCAAGAACUUCACGCAGCCUUUCGAAUCCGAUAAUAUGAUUAUGUUGAUGGAUGGAUAUUGUGCGUCGACGUGUACUCUAUUCGCCGAGAUGAUGCGUUUACAAGGGAAUGUCAAGACGAUUGCAAUGGGUGGCCGACCACAGGUUGGUGGUAUUCAAGGAGUGGGUGGUAUCAAGGGAGCUCAAAUCUUGGGCUGGGGAGACAUAUACGCCAAUGCUCAAGAGGCUUUGUCUAUAGGAAUUGCGACGCCCCAGGAAACAACAGCACUACAGCGCUUCUCAGAUCUACCCGUCAACCGAAGUUCGAGCAGCGGAAUCAACAUCAGAGACCAGAUCUUGCGGGGGAAUCUGAAUGACGGUGUGCCGGCACAAUUUGUUACUGAGGUGGCAGAUUGCAGGUUGUACUAUACACUGCCUAUGAUCACCAACGUAACGGAGCUUUGGAAGAGUGCUGCGAGCGCUGCGUUUAACGGUGGGAGCUGUGCUUCUGGAAGCUUGCCGAAGAGAGAAGCUGGUAUGGGUAUGGGGACUAAGAGGUCUGUGGUUUCGCAGCCCGCUGCACGACAUGUGGUCAAGAAGGAGAUUAAUAAAGAUGCACGGUGGAGCUUGAGACAUGGUAGGAAAGUCAUCGCGUAG